AUGAAAUUUGUUUGGUUCAUAGCCUUCUUGGGAGUGGCUGGUAAGUGUCUGGGUUUCUCAUGGUUCCUGUCUGGGUAACAAGGGGAGAUGGCUCUUCCUGCCACUUUGAACACUCCUGAGAGUGUUUACCUCUUUGACAAGUAGGGGUCACACCCAAAGGGAAGCUGUGCCUCUGCGAUGUCUUUCGCUGCCUUCCAGUCCUGACCAGCUUCAGCCAAAUGCAAAUGGAGACAAACACACGAGGCCUGUUAUUUUAGGGUUAUCAGACGUCCCCGGUUUCUGGGGACAGUCCCUGGAUUUGCAAAUCUGUCCCCGGACAAAUUCCGUCCCCGGAAUGUCCCCAGAUUUGCAAAUCUCUCCCCGGGAAACGUGGCAGCCUCAGCCUCAGCAGCCUGGUAGCGCAGUUGGCUCUGGCUGGCUUCAGGAGCUGAUCGCUGCCGCUGCCACUGCUGAAGGAGAACCGGGGACGUUCGGCGGUACAGAUCUCCUUCCCCCUUCCCCCUUCCCCCUUUGUUUUGACAGAUCGGGGGAGGCUCAGGAGUUGCGGGUGGAUGGCCGUUGCCCUGGAGGGGCGCAAGGCGGGCGGUUUCUCUGUCAGGCAAGGUGCAAAGCCCUUCAGUCAAAAUAAAGGGGGAAGCGGGCAGGAGAUCGGGGGUGGUUCGGGAGUCACGGGCGGGUGGCACGCAGUUACCCAGUUUUUUAAAAGCUCUGAGCAUUUAUGUUUCACAGGGUGCAAAAGAAGGGCUUUGUACCUUUAUACAAUAUGCAUGUGUUCUUGGGCCCAGGGUCUUUUGCUUCACCAUCCCAACUACUGACUCCCUGUUGCUACUCAGCUUCAAAAAAAAAGUGUCCCCGGAUUCAUUGAAAAAAAUCUGGUAACCAUACAUUAUUUUAAAGACAGAUUCUUGAAGGAGGCGUGGAUGGGCAAAGUGGCCAACCUUCCAAUAGGAGACACUGGUGGCUCUUUGCUUAGUCCGCAAGUACGUAAGAAACAGGACUUGACCAGGCUAGGAAAACAUCUGGGAGAUAUAGAAAUUUUGAGUUCUCUUGCUUUCCCUUUCACCAGAUGUUUCCUAGUACACUGUGCAAUUAGACAACUCUUCGCCUACAUGGAGAUUACGGACAACAAGAACCCUGCCUUGCUAAAUGGAAGGACAGAAUUGUGGCAUGCCAGGGUUUUUUAAUUAAUUAUAGACAAGACGGACAGCGGGUUGAGUUUCUGCUAUGCUUGAUCAUUUGCACAGUAGAGCCAUGGAACAUAGACCUCAUAGACCUGUAGGCUGGUGUGUCUCCCAGGACCCCAAAUACAGAAUUUGAUGUUCUUCAUUCUUUCCCCAGUUGCCUUCCCCAUCAAUGAUGAUGAUGAUGAUAAAAUCGUGGGAGGCUACACCUGCCAGUCGCAUUCUGUCCCCUACCAAGUUUCCCUGAAUUCCGGAUACCACUUCUGUGGUGGUUCGCUCAUCAACAACCAGUGGGUUGUUUCGGCUGCUCACUGCUAUAAGUCGUAAGUUUAAAAAACAAACAAACUUGUCAUGCUGCUCCUUUCAGCAGUAUUGCUCUGAUUUUUUAUUUACAGUGGUACCUCGGGUUACAGAUGCUUCGGGUUACAGAUGCUUCAGGUUACAAACUCUGCUAACCAGGAAGUGGUUGCUCCAGGUUAAGAACUUUGCCCCAGGAUAAGAAUGGAAAUUGCGCGCCAGUGGCACAGUGGCAGCAGGAGGCCCCAUUAGCGAAAGCACGCCUCAGGUUAAGAACUGUUUCAGGUUAAGAAUGACCUCUGGGACGAAUUAAGUUCAUAACCCAAGGUACCACUGUAUUUAUUUUGGUAUUCCUUUCGUGAGCAGUAGUAGACACUGCCCCCUGCAGUCGACACUGGAAAUAAUAAUAAUAACCACUGGAACAUUCAACCUGUAUGAGGUUGCAUGGGAUGUUGGAGGAGGGGCAGUACCUCUGAUGGGGGACACAUUGUGCUUCUUCUGGGGUAGUUAGUCUACCUUUGGUUCCCACCCUGCACUCAGCUCUCACCUGUGGCCCCUAGAAGCUGUCAGCAUGUGGCAGCAGCCACAUCCUGGGAACGGCAUCAGCUGGCCAGGUAAACCAGGUGAGCCACUGGGUUUCAAACCCUCAGUGAGUUAGGGACCUCCCUGCAUGUGAAGACAGGCUCUGGCGGAUUGAGCAGACGAGGCCAACAGCAGGUCCAAUGGUCAAGAAGGCUGUUUCUGCACGCGCUGUAGAGGGAAGUGAGGGGCAGAUGGGGCUCAUCAACCUGAGAAGGUAGCCCAUCUAGGAGAAGGAAACCUCUGAUCCAAAACCUCUGCUGCCUUCUGGGGUGGUUUCAGGAGAAGAAAGGGCUGAGGAGUAAACCUGCACAACUCCAGAGUGGAGUCCCUGCGCCAGUUAGAUGGUGCCUUGUACGCUUCCUUCUGGCAACUCCUAGAGGCCAAGGUGUAUUUGGUUCCCCAAUAAAAUGUUUGACAGCCCCACCUUAAGUUGAUGGGCAUUGCCAUUCAAAUGAUGUACAUGCACCUCGUCUUGUGAUCAAUUAUAUGAGGAGGGGCUUACCUGCUCCUCCCCAAUAUUUUAUUCAAGUUGGCACCCCGUCUGCUGCCAAGCUGGUGCCAAGCGUAUUCUUCUGCUUUCCUUUGGACCACAUCAGAGAGGCCAAGAGGUGGGUCUUGUCAUCUGGGCAGCCCAGGACCUCCAUAUACACUGGCCAGGAUUGCAGUCCGGGGAGGUCACUUCGGUGCUGCUAACCCAGUGAUUUCACCCCAGAGGCACACACUGGAUUGUCUCUUGAGACAAACAGAUGCCAACAACUCAGCCUGCACUGAAGCAGGAACCACAUAGCUCAGUAGAAGAGCAUCCGUUUUGCGUGCAGAAGUUUCCAGGUUCAACUCUUGGCAUCUCCAGGUAGAGUUGGGGGGAAAGUGUUCCUGCCUCAAACUUGGAGCACCAAUGCUAGUCAGUGUAGACCAGGGUUUCCUCAAACUUGGGACUCCAGCUGCUUUUGGACUACAAUUCCCAUCAUCCCUGACCACUGGUCCUGCUAGCUAGGGAUGAUGGGAGCUGUAGUCCAAAAACAGCCGGAGACCCAAGUUUGGAAAAGCCUGGUGUGGACAUUUCUGAGCUAGAUGGACCAGAUGGCCUAUUUUGAGACUAGAAGCUAACUUGCAACCAAUCCCACAUUUGUCAGGAUUCAAGUCACUUUGGAGAACAGUGUGCUCCAAAGAAAAGCAGCAAUGUCAGUGGUUCUGGGGUUGUGUGGGGUGUUGAAACAGGAAUGUGGAUGAUCAAGGUCCUCUUCUUUGUCUGAAACCAGACGUAUCCAGGUGAGACUUGGGGAACACAGUUUGACCUUAAACGAUGGCAGCGAGCAGUACAUUAAUUCAGCCAAAGUCAUCCGCCACCCAAGAUACAACGCCAACACACUGGACAAUGACAUCAUGCUCAUCAAGCUGUCCACCCAGGCAACCAUCAACACCCGGGUCAGAUCGGUCAGCCUGCCCACCAGCUGCGUGACCACCGGGACACAGUGCCUCAUUUCCGGCUGGGGCAACACCCGCAGCAGUGGCAGUGAGUCCUCCUUUGUGUUCUUUUGUGAUGCAGGUGCAAGGGCAAGAAUGCUGAGUACAAACCGGGGGUGGGGGUGGGGUAGAGAGCAACAUGCUAGCCACCCAACCAUGUUCUCCCAUCUCCUUCUGUUGCCUUAAAAAAGAUCUAGUUGCUUUUAACGUGCCCUUUAAAGUUAAGACUAAGAUUGCCAUUGUAACUUACUCUCUAAAAGCAAUACCCAGAUUGCAUGGGCAUAACCAGGAUUGAAUUAUGGGGACUCUUGAGAGUCCCAUGGACUGCAAGAAGAUCAAACCUAUCCAUUCUUAAGGAAAUCAGCCCUGAGUGCUCACUGGAAGGACAGAUCCUGAAGCUGAGACUCCAAUACUUUGGCCACCUCAUGAGAAGAGAAAACUCCCUGGAAAAGACCCUGGUGGUGGGAAAGAUGGAGGGCAGAAGGAGAAGGGGACGACAGAGGACGAGAUGGUUGGACAGUGUUCUCGAAGCUACCAGCAUGAGUUUGACCAAACUGUGGGAGGCAGUGGAAGACAGGAGUGCCUGGCGUGCUCUGGUCCGUGAGGUCAUGAAGAGGUGGACACGACUAAACGACUAAACAACAACAACAACCAGGAUUUAUGUUAGGGAGGGAAGAACCCCAGUUAGUUAAGUAUUUUUAUUGAUUAACUUUCAUGGAUGGGCAGCUGCCUCCUUGCUCCCCGUUGGCUAUGCCCAUGCAGGGCUGGUCCAAGUACUUUUGCAGAAUGGGACAGGCAGGUUGCUCACUCCAGCAGCAGAGUGUGUCUUCAUGGAGCCUGGGGUGGGUGGGUGGGUGGGUGCGCCCGGGGCAGGGCAUGGCAGCCCACCCCUCAAUGCUGAUGCGAUGGCAGCAUGAGGACACAAUAGCUAUGCGCCCUUUGAUCCUAUCCUUGCCCUCACUUUGUGAGGCUGGGAUCAAAGGGUGCGUGCCUGUUGUGUCCUCCCCAUGCUGCCCUCCCAGAAAAAGUGCACCCAGGGCCAUCGCACCAGCAGCCCGCCCCCCUGACUUCACACCCCUGGCUCACCCUGCUCUCCACUCCAUUCCAUGUGUAUAAGCCAGGCUGACUGGCAGCUGAAUCUUAUUUCAACACUGACCAUAUCCUCUUAUCACGAAGGCAGUCUCCUUUAGCAGGAUGUGGACCAGGAGAAUCCCUCCUCAUUGCUUCACUUCCCCAAAUCACCCCCAGCCCCGUGCCCCAAAUACUAUCUAUAAUCUAUAGUUACAGGGGAAAGAAAAUCAUGAAAGGAUGUUGUCCCCGUUUUCAAAAUCAUUUUAUUCGUAUGCCGCCUUUCCAAAGUCGAAACCAUGCUCAACAUAUGAAAAAUUACAGGGUGAAGGUAGUCAUAAACAAUAUCAAAAAGUCUUCUUCUUCUCUGGUGAUAACUUGUAGUCGAGUAAGAUUGUCUUCCAUAAACACGGUUUUAACAGUGGGUUUGUAAGUGACUGUGGAGGGCAAUUGUGGAUCCACAGUGGGGACAUUGGUUUCCGGGCGGGAGUUGGUCACAGUGAGGGUUUGCCAAACAUGCCUUCCUCUUAGCACAUUUCUCCCUUUCGUCCUGAGUUUGAGCAUCUUCAAAGCUCAUGACACCUUUGGUAAAGGCUGUUCUCCAAUUGGAGUGCUCCCAGGCCAGUGUUUACCAGUUGUCAGUGUUUAUACUACUUUUUUUUUAGAUUUGCCUUGAGACAGUCUUUAAACCUCUUUUGUUGACCACCAGCAUUACGCUUACCAUUUUAAAGUUCAGAAAGAGUAGUUGCUUUGGAAGACGACAAUCAGGCAUCCGCACAACAUGACCAGUCCAACAAAGUUGAUGUUGAAGAAUCGUUGCUUCAACACUGGUGAUCUUUGCUUCUUCCAAUGCAAUACUUUCCACGUAAAUCAUAAUAAUGAAUAAAGGUAAAGGGACCCCUGACCAUUAGGUCCAGUCGUGACCGACUCUGGGGUUGUGGUGCUCAUCUCGCUUUAUUGGCCGAGGGAGCCGGCGUACAGCUUCCAGGUCAAUGUGGCCAGCAUGACUAAGCCGCUUCUGGCGAACCAGAGCAGCGCACGGAAACACUGUUUACCUUCCCGCCAGAGCUGUACCUAUUUAUCUACUUGCACUUUGAUGUGCUUUCGAACUGCUAGGUUGGCAGGAGCAGGGACCGAGCAACGGGAGCUCAUCCCGUCGUGGGGAUUCGAACAGCCAACCUUCUGAUUGGCAAGCCCUAGGCUCUGUGGUUUAACCCACAGCGCCACCCGCGUCCCUCUAUCAUAAUAAUGAAUACAACAUUCCUAUUUUCUUUUCUCCUAUGCUUCCUGCAGCCAGCUACCCUGACCUCCUGCAGUGCCUGAAUGCUCCCGUGCUUUCCUCUAGCCAGUGCUCAAAUGCUUAUCCGGGGCAAAUCACUCAAAACAUGAUGUGUGUGGGAUUUCUGGAGGGCGGCAAAGACUCCUGCCAGGUAAAUCUUCUCUCUUUCCAUAGGCACUUCAGUGUCGUUGCAUAGAGGUCUCUUGGCAGAUGAUACAGAUGCUCAGUUAGUAGUCAAUGAUUCAGGAAGGGCAACCCAGCCAGAUGGGUGUGGUAUAAAUAAUAAAAUUAUUAUUAUUAUGUCUGCUGAGCAAGGUCUAACGGGAUAAUAGCAAGGGAGGGAAGAUUUCUUUGGGAUCAGGCGGUUCAGAGGGACAGGAGGAAUUUUCCCGUUAGGCAGAGUAACCCCCCCAGUCUCUAGUUGCCUAUUGCUACCAUGGAGGUUUAGGGAUGGGGAGAAACCCAAUUCAGUUUGCAUUUAAAUGAGUACCUACCACAGCCGUCCAUCAAAAUUUGCACUUCUCCAAAUUUGCAUUGUAUUUCUGCAGCCAAGGAAUACAUAUAAAAAUGUGUAUACGAGGGGAAAGUGUGCAUUUUUAAAAAUGUGUAUAUUAGUGAAAAUUAAAAAGCACUAUAUUUGGAGAAAUUGCUUUGCAAAAAAUGUGUAAUGUAUAUUAGGCAAAACGUGUAUGAGAGGGGACAUUGGUGUUAUUUUCACAAACUCUUUUAUCAGAUCCCCCCCCCAAGGUUUCGCAAAUUUCUACCAGGAUGGUGAGAAUUUUAUUACAAUCAGCCCCAAAAAGAUUUUAUACAUACAACAUCCUCUGUUAAUAGUGCAAAUCACCUGAUGGCUGGUGGGUUCUCCUUAUUUGUUCCAGAGAACUGGGAGGAAGAGUCUUUUAUACUUGCAUUACUAGUACCUGAAGAUAGUUUUGAGAUUUGCUUUAGCGUUAAUCCCUCCUCUUGUUCAGCCGGGAUUAAUCCUUGAGUUAUUGGUCUGUUUGCAAAAGACAACUUGAUAGUUGAGCGAACUAAGUAUAAGUCUACUUUCUGCUCUUCAUUAUAACUGUAGAGAGACCCCAUAAGGUCAGUAUUAAUUUUGGGGGCCUGCUGUUUAUUUGGCAAUUCUGCUGCUUUGAAAUCCUGUAAAAACUUACAGUGGGAUGAAAGGCCUUGGAAAUAGUUAUGUACUGAAGUUCUCACCCUGGGCCAGCAGGGGGAUAGUGUAGAUAAUUCAGGUCCACAUAUGCAAAUAAGGAAUUGAAAGUGACAUUUAGUGAUUGGAUAGUUACAGAAAAUGGUUACUGUUGAGUUCUAGUGGAGCUCUAUAUAAGCAGGCUGGCUGAACCCUUCAGUUCAGUUCUGUUCUGACCUGUGAAUAAACAAGAGCUGUUUGAAGAAUCGCUGUGUCGUCUGAUAUGUUCACCUACAACUUAACAGAAAUCAUGGCUGUUUCAACUUAUUGGUUGGAAGAAAAUGCCACCCUGUUCAUUUAUUUAACAACAUUUAUACACCGCUUGAAUGUUGGGUGGGAGAGGGAACUCAAAAAGUGAAUAGACCACUUUGCCUUAUGGUGAAUAGCUUGUCAGUGCAAGCAUUCAAGCAUUCACUCUCUGCCCCUGUUCUGGGGGCUUUCCCAACCCCUCCAUUUGGGGUGGGUGUGGGGAGGAGGAGGAUGGGAAAGCCCCAUUGCACAAACAGAAGCUCUUGUGCAGGGCUUGCAUCGACAGAACAAACCUUACUCGGUUUUGAGUUGCUUUAACUGCCGUAGCUCCCCUGCCUCCCCAUAAUCCUUGGGAUUAUCAUUUUGGGGAGGUGCUGAGCAGUUUCCCUCAGAAAUCCCACCCCAACUCCACAGUUAUCAGGCUUCGGUGGUACUGUCCAAGAGACUGAUGCCUGUGUGGCAGGAAUUAGACAAAAAGGAUCUCAAUGACAGUUAGUCUAUAGUUUUGCAGGGGCACAUUCUACGAACUGUUGCAAGGUAUUGGAGGAACACAAGUCAUAUUCCGUCUCUUACUUCUACCGCUUACUGUGUUCUUUCACAGGGAGACUCUGGUGGUCCCGUGGUCUGCAACGGGCAGCUCCAGGGAAUUGUCUCCUGGGGCAUUGGAUGUGCUCAGAAAGGCUACCCUGGAGUCUACACCAAAGUUUGCAACUACGUCUCGUGGAUUGAUAGCACUAUGAGAUCCAACUGA